AUGAACCAAGAAAAAGAUCAACAAAUCCAAAAUCUCCAAACCAAAAUCCGAGAACUGGAACAAAAAUUAGAGGACUAUUCCCAAGGCGGAAUAAAAAUCUUAUUUUCCGGUAAAGCCAAUGCUCAAAGAGUAGCCCGGAAAGUCAAACCCCGCACUUUACGCGAAAUCCCAGAAUUAAGCCUCGGUAGCGAGGAGCAAAAAUCCAAAAACCUAGUCAUUGAAGGCGAUAAUUUACUUGCCAUGGCAACUCUCUACCAGUAUCACGGCAAAAUCGACCUGAUAAUUGCCGACCCUCCCUACAAUACCGGCAAAGAUUUUCGUUAUAAUGACCGCUGA